AUGGCCAAAAGCAAGGUAGCACCCGUCAAACAAGUGACCUUGCCGAGGCUGGAGUUGUGCGCCGCCACGCUACUCACCAAUUUGACGCGACAUGUCAAACAAACGCUCGACCUGGCAACAUCAGACACGUACUUAUGGUCAGAUUCAACAGUGACCCUCCAAUGGAUUCGCGGUCACUCCUCACGCUGGAAGACUUUCGUCGCCAAUCGAGUCGCUCACAUCCAGACGCAGCUGCCUAAUGCACAAUGGAGACACGUAGCUGGUCGCGACAACCCUGCGGACUGUGCAUCAAGGGGUAUUAAUCCAAGCGAACUAAUCAAUCACGCUUUAUGGUGGACAGGACCUACCUGGUUGUCACAGCACGAAUCGGCCUGGCCAAAUUCCGUGAUGGAGAUCCGAGGAGACGACGUGCCAGAAAGGAAAGCCACGAGCCUGAUGACUGUCAACCGGGUCAUCGUCGAGCCAGAAAUCCUGCUCCGCUUCUCAUCUCUGCAUCGCCUGCUACGGAUAUCCGCAUGGUGCCGUCGCUGGCUGCGCGCUUCUGAGCCGACUCACACCGCUGGACUAACGUUGAGUCCUGAGGAACUCGACAUGGCACUCUUUCGCUGGCUUCGAGAAGUGCAGACACUGCACUUCACGGACGAGAUCACCGCAGUCGCAGCUGGACGCUCCGUCGCACCACGCAGCACAUUAGUCAAGCUGACUCCGUUCCUCGACGACCAUGGUGUUCUGAGAGUGGGAGGUCGGCUUAAGCACGCCCUGCUGACACAAGAUGAGAGGCACCCGAUGAUCAUUCCAACCUCGUCGUGGCUGACUCGUCUGCUCGUGGAAUCCUGUCACCGUCGGACGCUGCAUGGCGGAGUGCAACUUACUCUGGGGCUGCUUCGACUGCGCUUCUGGAUUCCACGAGGACGCACAGUUGUGAAACAGCAACUACAUCGCUGCAUCACCUGCACAAGAUGGCGAGCAACGACGCUGCAGCCACCGAUGGGUAAUCUACCCCGCGAUCGGGUCACUCCGACUCGGCCAUUUCUGCGCACCGGAGUGGACUAUGCAGGACCCAUCCUCAUCCGAACGAGCAAGGGACGAGGACACCGCGCCUAUAAGGGCUAUAUCGCAGUAUUCAUCUGUUUUUGGUCCAGAGCCAUCCACCUCGAACUUGUCUCGGAUUACUCUUCAGAGGCCUUCAUCGCCGCUUUACGUCGCUUUGUCUCACGUCGAGGUCUCUGUACGGACAUAUAUAGCGACUGUGGAACGACCUUCAUCGGGGCUGACCGCACUUUACGGGAACUCUUCGUCGCUGCAUCCACAGAGGGCCGUGGAAUCGCACGCGUAGCUGCUGAACAUGGCAUACGGUGGCACUUUAAUCCACCAGCAGCUCCGCACUUCGGCGGAUUGUGGGAGGCAGCCGUCAAAUCCGCUAAGUAUCACUUGCGGAGGGUGAUAGGUGAAACCACUCUCACCUUUGAGGAACUGACCACUCUCCUCACACAAAUUGAGGCCUGUUUAAAUUCUCGUCCAUUACAGGCACUCUCUGACGAUCCAGACGAUAUUACAGCACUGACUCCGGGCCACUUCCUGAUCGGCGCGCCGCUUCUCGCCAUCCCGGAGCCAGUACAGGAGGACACCAGUGGAUCCGCAGCAUCACGAUGGCAUCAUCUCCAGGCGAUGCGAGAUCACUUUUGGCAAAGAUGGUCGGGAGAGUACAUCCAUGGACUCAUCUCACGACCUAAAUGGUUGAAGGUCGAUACCACACCUCACAUCGGAGCACUCUGCCUUGUGCGCUCCGAGAUUUCGCCUCCAAACCGAUGGCCUCUCGCCCGGAUCACAAAACUGCAUCCCGGCGACAACGGGAUCGUACGCGUGGUCACCGUUCGAACCGCGACCUCCGAGCUCGUGCGUCCGCUCGUAAAAAUCGUCUUACUUCCCGACUUCACAACGGACGUAACGACACGCAACGCAUAG